AUGUCCUCCAAGUCAGGCUAUUUGCCUUCAUAUCGUCUUCCUACCAAUAAGAAUGCCGACACUUCCAAAUGGCCCGAAAUCCCUGUCAGCAAUCAGAACCUCACCAACACGGCAGUUGUCAUUAUUGGUGGUGGUAUAUCUGGAAUGUGCGCUGCAAUUGACUUGUUGGUGAAUCGGAAUAUAAAGAAUUUUGUCAUUUUAGAGAAAAGUGGUGGUUUUGGUGGAACUUGGCGAGACAACAAAUUUCCUGGCUGCUGUUGUGAUGUCUUCAGUGUCCUUUACUCCUACUCUUUCGCCCAAAAUCCUCAAUGGUCCCGCCGAUACCCUGGCCAGGAAGAAAUCUUGGAAUACUUGACAGAUGUUGCACAGAAGUAUGGUCUAUACAAAUAUGCACGAUUCCACACCAUUGUUGAAGCUGCCGCCUGGAAUGACAAGACAUUCAAGUGGGAAAUUUCCGUCACAAUCGGUGGAGGGAAGGAGUCAGAGUUCUCGUCCUCGUACAAAAUCACCAGCGACUUUUUAGUUACUGGAACCGGUCAAUUGAACAAACCCAAAGGCAUUGAUGUUCCAGGUUACCAGGACUUUCAAGGAAAGAUCAUGCAUUCUGCCCGGUGGGAUUGGAGCUAUGAUAUGUCAGGUAAACGCAUUGCAAUCAUUGGAACUGGCGCAACGACGGCUCAGAUAGCCCCGGAGGUGGCAAAGGUUGCCUCACAGCUAACCAUUUGCCAAAGAACUCCUGCCUGGGUCAUUCCUCGACAUGAUUCCGAGAUCCCGCAAUGGAAGCGUUGGAUCUAUACGUAUCUUCCUCCUGCUCGUUGGCGAGGUCGUGCAGAAGCGAUGGACUUUCGAGAAUCGUUUCAUUCUGCAGUCACCAAGUCCGACUCCCCUUACGCCGACCUGAUGAGGUCCAUGAACCACAAUCUAAUACGACAACAACUCCCUGACCGUCCUGAUCUCUGGGGAAAACUAUCUCCGAAUUACCAUCCCGGAUGCAAGAGAACCGUCAUCAGUGAUGACUACUACCCAACACUUGCUAGAAAGAAUGUCAAGCUGGAGACGGACAAGAUCGAGCGAUUUACUGAUGAUGGUAUUAAGUUUGUUGGCCAUAGUUCAGCGGACAAGUUUGACUUGAUAGUUUUGGCCACCGGAUUUGACACCUUUUCUUUUCUCUCACCAAUGGAAAUCACCGGUCGAAACGGAAGACCUUUGAAAGAGAUAUGGGCAAACGCUUCUCAUGCCUACAAAGGAGUCACUGUGCCUGAUCUUCCAAAUUUUGGCAUGCUGUAUGGCCCAAACACCAAUCUCUCGCACAAUUCUCUGAUCCUGGUGAUCGAAGCUCAAACCAAGUACAUCUCGGUUCUAAUCGAUCAAGUUCUCAAAGCUAGACGGGAGGGACAAAGCUUAGCUUUGUGUCCAUCAGAAGAGCAAACCUUGAAUUACUUUUCAAGCCUACAAAUGGCUUUGCAGAAGACUUCCUUUUCAGACCCCAACUGCAAUAGUUGGUGGAAACGUGAUGACGGGAUCAUCACCAAUAAUUGGGCAGGAACUGCCAUUGAUUAUCAGAAAAACCUUACUACUGUUGAAUGGGCAGAUUACAUUGCCUUUGGGACUGCAAGCCAUGAGAUCGAUGCCUUGAGCCGAAAUCACUGCGUUACCAGGAUUCACCGCGUUGUGGAAGAGACGAGCCUCAGCAGGACUGCCCUUGGUGUUUUCGCUGUUGGAGCUAUUGGUUUGUUUGUUCACGGGAUCUUGUUGAGUAUUUGA